AUGUGGUUCAGGACGGGGGACGGCUCUUCUGGGAAGCAACCCCCUCGGGCUCUCGUCUUCCACGUCUUCCACGUUCUUCUGUCUGCCGCCAGAACAGCUAUCGCAGCUGGCACCCAGUCACUUCACACCUCCAAAUUGCAGUACGACAAGACGUUUCGGUCAAGGAGCUGGGUCCAAGCGCUCCGCUCCCUGGCACCGCCCUCUUGCCACCCUCCCCCAGGACUGCAUGUUAUUGUUCAGAGGUGUGAUCCGGACUGGCUAACAGGAACCAUGGCACCACGUGGCUACCCGAAGAAGAAAAUGCCCCAGUCAGAAAAGAGAAAUCACGGAGUUGUGGCCACCGAAGACGACUUCGCAGAGGAAGGCAACACCGAACCGCUCCUUCUUAACCACCUGCCUGGAAGCCUCUUGCGGAGGCUGCCAGCAGUUGUCUUCUAUCCCAGCAGCACCUUUGGGGACACCUGCCUGAUCAAAAGGGCCGCUCUCCCUGUUGCUGGAUCUUUCCCCCAGCUGUCCAAAAUGCACAUGGGCACGACUACAGCGGCCAAAGAUCCACACCAGGGGCCCACUGGCUUCAGUGCGUUGACCCCGCCGGGGCCCCGGAAAGGAGGGGUGGGCGGGCGGUCCAGCCCAGGGGGGGGGGUCGUGAAGGGGGUCACCCACCCACCCACUCACCAGGCGCUGCGGCGGGUCCUGCGUGCGCGGCCUUUGUUGGGCGGCUGGCUGCAGAGGCGGGGCGGGGGUCUCGCUGCUGCUGCUGCUGCUGCGCCCCCCCCCCCCCGGCUGCCGGCCAUCUGCGCGGAGACCCCCGGCCUGGCUGGCUGGCUGGCUCCCACUCGGGCACCCAAUGGCCGCGGCGCUCUCCCCCCUGCGCCCCCGCCCGGCCCGGGCCCGGCCGGCGGAGCCAGGGCGAGGACGGCGCGCGAGGAGGAGCCACAGGCCGAGGAGGAGGAGGCAGGACGGACCUUCCCCCGACCGACCCCGGAGGCGGACCCCUCGCCGCCCCUGCCCUGCCCGGCGCGCGCCACGGACAGGCUCGGGGCUCGUCUGCAGCCGCAAACACGCGAUCUCAAAGUCGACUCCCUGCACUCAGAGGCGUUAGAUCCCCCGUGCUUCUUCGCAGGCAACCCUUUGAGCAAACGCCUGCCUGGGCCACUCCUUCGCUGCUCUCUCGGCAGUGACUGGCGUCCAGCUUGCGCUUUCUCUCGCAGCAGCAGGGCCUUGUGGCACAGGCGCCGCCGCCCCCCUAGGAAAAGAUGCCGAGGCUGGUCCCUGCCCUCCGCGCCUGACCCAGGGGUGGCAGCACUGGAGACGCCGCAGCAAAGCCAUUGCCUGCUCCUCCGAGUCCUCCGCCCGAGGAGUUCUGCGUCGCUUGAAAGCCUGCUCCUUUUCCCAGCCGCGCUCCUUGCAGACCACUAUCCCGAGACCCAGUCCUCCAGGCCGUCGGGGGGCGCUGUGCCGGCGAGGCGCCCUCCUCCUGCUGCUGCUGGGGCGCCUUUCCUGCGCGUCGCCCGCCCAUGUGGUUCUGUUUUGCAGCCUGGCGUGUCCCGGCGGCUCAUAUUCGGGGCGGGCGGGCGCAGGAAGCCGCCCCCGAACGGGCAGAGAUACAGUGGCCCCCCCUCCCCGCCCCACAAAGGCCGUCUCUUUGCAGCCCUGGGAGCGCCUCUCUCCCGCCCGCCCGCUUCGCCCCCAGGCGGGAAAUCUGAUCCUCUUUUUUGGGGUGGGGGCACAGUUGGCUCCCCCCCGCGAGGAGGGGCGCCUGUGGGCGAAGGAGGGGGCGGCCGGCGGCGGGUCCACGUGGUCGGCUCGAAGGAGGCAGACACAGACCCCAUUGUUGUGCGCGCCCGCCCGGCCCAGCCAGCCAGCCAGCCAGAGGGAGGGGGCGGCCGCCGAGGAGGAGCCCCGCGGGAGGGAGAUGCGCGCGGCGGCCCCAGCGCGAUCCUAAAGGCCCGGCGGCCCCCACUCGCCCGCCCACCCAGCGCAGCCCAGCAGGAGCAGCGGGAGCGCCGCACGGAGCACGCUCGGAAAGUUGGUCCCCGAACGGGCUGCUGCUCGCUCGUCUUUUCUUUUUUGCAAACUGAGCCCCCCCCCUCCAAAAAAACCAGGCGGCGGCGGCGGCGAGGAGGGGUCGGUCGGUCCGUCCGUCGGGGGGUGCAGCGGAGGCCGGGCCGGGCGAUGCCGCGCAGGAAGGCGGCGGGGCGGGCGUGGGACGGGGCUGCUGCGCGGAAGCGGCCGGCCUCGUCGUCCUCCUCCUCCUCCUCUUCGUCCUCCUCUUCCUCGUCCCUCCCGCCGCCCCAGAAGAAGGCGAAGGAGCGCAACGGCGGCGGCGGAGGGGAGCGGGGCGCGGCGGCGGCUGGGCGGAAGGCGGGCCGGCCCGGAGGACGAGGGGAGCCUCCAUCGCAGCCCCCCGCAGCUGCCUCCGCCACCGCGGCCCUGGUGGUCAGCGAGCCCGAGCACACCAAGGAGCGCAUUAAACUUGAAGGGCCGAAGUUCAAGGGGCAGCUUCUGAUAUUUGGAGCAACUAACUGGGACUUGAUCGGCCGCAAAGAAGUACCCAAGCAGCAAGCUGCUUACCGAAACCUGGGCCAGAACUUAUGGGGGCCUCACCGGUACGGGUGUCUCUCAGGGAUCCAAGUCCGGGCGGUGGUGUCCGGGCCGUGUGCUGCUCACAGCCUCCUCAUUACCGCGGAGGGGAAGCUCUGGAGCUGGGGACGCAACGACAAAGGGCAGCUGGGCCACGGAGACACCAAACGUGUCGAUGCCCCCAAGGCCAUCGAAGCACUCAGCAGUGAAACGGUUGUGUUGGCAGCUUGUGGCCGAAACCACACACUCGCCUUGACAGAGAAUGGUUCAGUAUUUGCCUUUGGAGAAAACAAAAUGGGUCAGCUGGGCCUUGGCAACCAGACAGACGCCCUCCCCAGCCCCACACAGAUCAUGUACAAUGGGCAGCCAAUUGCCAAACUGGCAUGCGGAGCUGAAUUCAGCAUGAUCAUGGACUGCAAGGGGAACCUCUAUUCCUUUGGGUGCCCUGAAUAUGGACAGCUGGGGCACAACUCCGAUGGGAAGUUCAUCGCCCGAGCACAGAGGAUCGAGUACGACUGUGAGCUGGUUCCCCGCCGCGUGGCCAUCUUCAUAGAGAAGACCAAAGAUGGCCAGAUCCUUCCUGUACCCAACGUAGUUGUGAGGGACGUGGCCUGUGGCGCAAACCACACGCUGGUUCUAGACUCACAGAAGCGCGUCUUCUCCUGGGGCUUUGGGGGCUACGGCCGGCUGGGCCAUGCUGAGCAGAGAGACGAGAUGGUUCCUCGACUGGUCAAGCUGUUUGACUUCCCAGGCCGCGGGGCGGCACAGAUCUACGCCGGCUACACGUGCUCUUUUGCUGUCAGUGAAACUGGUGGCCUGUUUUUCUGGGGAGCGACAAACACUUCACGGGAGUCAACUAUGUACCCCAAAACGGUGCAGGAUCUUUGUGGCUGGAAAAUCCGCAGUCUGGGUUGUGGGAAAAGCAGUGUUAUAGUGGCUGCAGAUGAGAGCACCAUCAGUUGGGGCCCCUCCCCAACCUUUGGAGAACUGGGCUACGGAGAUCACAAGCCCAAGUCCUCGACCGCCGCUCAAGAAGUGAAGACUUUGGACGGGAUCUACACAGAGCAGGUGACCAUGGGCUACGCCCACUCCCUGGCCAUAGCCCGCGAUGAGAGCGAAGCCGAAAAGGAGAAGCUGAAGAGGCUGCCGGAAUACAACCCGCGCACGCUCUGACGCAGGCCGCCUGCCCUGGCCGAGGCAGACGCCCCUUCUGAUGUGCACUGGGACGCAGAGCCGGACGGAGAGAAGGCUGGUGCUGAUUCGCCGGCACUGCCGGAGAUUGCCUUUCCUGCGCAAUUUCGCGUUGUGACUGCCUGUCGCUCUGACUCCCCUUCCUCCUCCCGGCCGCCUCCUGCCCUUUCCAAAGGAUGGUUUGUUUUCUGGGGGUACUUUUGUUUUGGUUCUUUGGCGGGGGGUGGGUGGGGGGAGGGGGGCUCACCCUGAAGAGAUCUGCUCUUUGCUGACUUCACCAUUCCAAUGAAAAUGGCAGGACCGUUUUGUCAAAAUUGGGACGACUAGUCUUUUUGUUACUCCGUCUGUGGUUAACCGGUGGACCAGAAACCAGCCUUUUGAAGCAAGGCAGCAGCUAGAGCUUUUCCCUCCUGCCUUUGCUCCCUUUCCUUAGAAGCGAGGGGGAAGCAGGAGGCCUCUGUGAGGCAGCUGUUCAUUGUUGGGGGUGGGGGGUGGGAGGCUUCUAGCUCCCCUCUGCUUAAAUAUGCACCGGCUGUACAAACACCCCCAACCCCCCGUGCAUUCAGGCAUGAGCCCGUAGGAAUAUCUGCUAAUUCCCUGCCACUUAAAGCUGAGUUUUCCCAUGGCAAGAUGUUGUUGGGGUCCAGCGUGGCCUGCGUCAUUCUUGUAUGCAGAGUAGUUCCCUCGGCCACAUCCUUGCAGGACUAGACAGUGUCAUUUUCUUAGGGGAGCCUCCCCUGGAACGCUGCCGUUGUCCCUGCCAUUGCAAAUGCUACCACAUGAGGGCACUUCCAAGUGCUGGAUCAGUGGGAGAAGGAGGUGGGAGAAUCAGGAAGGGGGACGUUUCUGAGUCAGGUGGUUGGGUGGAAGGGCUGCCCUUGCUCUUCUUCCCCCUUUCCCCCUGCACAGAGCAGAGGGCCGAGUCCUCCUCAGCUGGGAUUUGCUGCCCCUGCUGUGCGGACUCUGUUCGUGCCAAAGGGCUGCGUGGUCCAGCCCUGGCCGAUCUCAUGGGUUUGCCGGUUCUGCAGAGGGUUGAGAAACGCCUCUAAGGGACGCCACCAUGCCAAGGGUGCUGCAGGUGGUGCUGAAGGGAGAGCCUGGAUUAAAACCAGCGUGGAGGUGGAGCGGUCGGCCCCCCACUGCAGCCCCACAGGUUCUUCUGCCGCUCUGUGCCAUGUGACAGAAAUUUGGUGCCUUGAACCAGAGACCGUGUUUGUUCUCUUCUUUUUUUUUAAAAUAUAAAUCCGUGUAUUAAGGCUUCUGUUUUUCUGUGUCCCUCCCCCUUUAGUUAUCCGUGUGCUCUUGGAAUGCAUGGGGUCUCUAGAGCCAGAGGCGUCUGGCGUCUUGUUACUUUUUCGGUUCUUGAAAGGUUUGGGUUACAGAAAUGCUGGGCAGAGAGUAGCUCUCCCAUUGAGGGGCGGGGAAGGGCGUGGUUCUACUUUGCCUUUUUGAAAUGGAAACGGGCAUAGCUGGGCUACGCGGUUCCUUCUGUCCACGGUCCUCUCAGUUAAGCAAGGUUUUUUUAUUACAAAAAAGUUCUGUUACGCUCCCUCCCACCUUCACAAGUUGGGGGAGGGGGGUUCUUUUGUCACGUAGUUCUGAUGUGAGACCCGACCACCUCUUGGGAAGAAGGCUCACUCUGAGACAUAUUUUGGAAACUUGUUUUGAGGAGAAGUGAGCCAGAAGAUACGCUUCAUCGCCACCAAAGAGAGAGUGUGUUCGUGUGUCUCUUAAAGAAAAAAAACUUUGCUCAGGUACUCUUUGAGCACAAAUGUGCCAGAGGCCUCUUAUGCGCCCCUUUUCUAAUGGGGUGGGAGGAGAGGGAAGGAAGGGAGCAGAGCUGGACAUACUCUUGAGGCCAUUUUGAAUUUGAAUAAGGUGGGAAAGUUUCCUAGCCUGAUGCUGUAAUUACCCCCUUUUGUUUUUUUUUUUUAUAUUUCUCAAAAUAAAUGUUUAAAAUACA